CCAAUGAUAAGUUUUCUCUCGGCGCUGGAACGAGCACCACGCGCCUCUCUCCCGCUGCGUCCAACACGUGACUGGCGUUGUGUUGUGCUCUCGAUGUUUUUAUCUGACCGUUAGGGAUCAGGUAUAUAAAGAUUUUAAAAAAUAGACAAAUGUAGAUAUUUCGUUCGUGUCGAAACUUGGUAGAUAGGUAGAUAAUACAAAGUGGUAUUCGUGUAUGGAUGUAUUUAACUAUAUGCGUAACAUCCAAUGGUUUACAGCGAAAUAUAGUGAAUGAAAUAUAAACAACGAUCCCUGCAGUACCAGCGAUAAGAUGGAGAGCUCUUGCUUCUUCCUGACGCUCCUGACGGCGGCGCUGAUGUCGCUCCUACACCCCUGGAGUGCCGAAGCCGUAGCCACCAACUCUUCGAACACCAAGAACGUGACCUUGAUAUAUCCUUCCGACGCAACGCUGUUCAUAGGCUCGGUGUUUCCGAUCCAUGCGAGCCGACGGGACGCUGACUUGGGCUUCGACGUGUGUAAUCGUCUGCAGGGCGCCGACGGCAUCCAGCCCCUGGAGGCCAUGCUGUACACCCUCGACCAGAUCAACCAGAACAGUGCCAUCCUCCCUGGCAUCACCCUCGGGGCACUGGCACUCGACUCCUGCGAAUCCCCUGGCGUCGCCCUCGACCAGGCACUCGGCUUCAUUAAGGGCUACCUGGCAGGUGAGAACAAGUAUCAUGAGGCAGACUUCAUGUGCAAUGACGGGUCUAUCCCUACUUACCGUGGCGGGAAGUUCGACAAAGUCAUCGGUGUUAUUGGAGGCCAAACUUCGGAAGUUUCUGUGCAGAUGGCCAGCGUCCUGCGGGUGAUCCAGAUGCCGCAGAUCAGUUACCUCAGCACCUCAGCGUCUCUCAGUAAUAGGGAAAAAUAUCCUUUUUUCUUACGUACAGUUCCUUCUGACAGCACUCAGGCCGAAGCCAUCUUACAGAUCCUUAGCAAAUUCGGUUGGACUUACGCCAGCGUCGUGUACAGCCGUGGCGAGUACGGCGAGGGCGGCUUCCAUCAGCUGAGGACCCAAGCGAGUCGUUUCCACGUGUGUUUUGCCUCCCCUUCUCACCGUCUGGCCAAGGACGACAGCGACGAAACCUACAGGGAGGUCGUGAGGACGCUGCUGGCCAGGGAUGCUAGUGUGGUGGUGGUGUUCGCUAACGACGAGGUAACAGCCAAGUUGAUGAAAACUGUGCAACUCCACGAUCGUUAUUCGCACAUCGUCUGGGUUGGUUCCGAUGGCUGGAGCUCAUCUUCGCCAAAGCAAGUAGAGGCGGUGGUCGAAGGCGCCAUCGCGGUCAGGCCCUUAGUCAACACGCUGCCUGGCUUCGAUGAGUACUUCCGUUCCCUCACUCCUGAAGGGAACCAACGGAACCCCUGGUUUGCCGAGUACUGCGCCCAGGGAAACUGUCCUCCGAACGCCUCCUACGCACAGGUCCCGUGGCUGCACUUCGUCAGGGACGCCGUCUACGCCUUCGCCCACGCCCUUCACAACAUGUGGGAGGCGCGAUGUGAGGGGAGGCCGGGUCUCUGCGACGCCAUGGCCCACAGCGGACACGUCCACGGACACGAGCUCUUUGGACACCUGCUGAACGUGUCCUUCGAAGACGUCAACGGUCGUAGCUUCCAGUUCGAUGAUACGGGGGCGGCCUUCCCCCGAUACAGCAUCCUCAACUACCAACGCGUAGACGACUACAACUACAUGUGGGUCCCCGUCGGUACAUAUUCACGGACGUCGGAUGAAAAAACUCUCGACCUCGAAGAAUCUUCCUUGAAAUUCCGCCAACAGGACCGCCUCCCAGUGUCUUCCUGCGGGACUCCUUGCAAGCCGGGGGAGGCUAAGAUCCUGUUACAAGACAAAUGCUGCUGGCGUUGUGAACCCUGCCAACCAUACCAGUUCUUGGACAACAGCACUCAACUCUGCAAAGACUGCGACGAGUGCAUGGCUCCUGACGAGAGCAAAGGCGCUUGCAAGCAGAAGGAGGAGAAGUUUAUUGACUACAAGAACCGGUGGGCGAUCACCUCUCUGGCUUUCGCUAGUUUAGGCAUCUUCAGCACGGUCCUCGUCGCCGUGAUCUUCUGGGUCUACCUGGACACACCUGUAAUCAAAGCCUCCUCCAGGGAACUCUCCUACAUCCUCCUGGCGGGUAUCUUCCUCUCCUUCGCCAUGACCUUCGUGAUCGUCGCCCCGCCCUCCAUCUUCACCUGCGGGAUCACGAGGUUCUUCCUGGGCUUCUGCUACACCGUCUGCUACGCCUCCAUCCUCACCAAGACCAACAGGAUAUCGAGGAUUUUCAACAAGAACCCGAGCAAGCCGCAUAAGGCCAAGUACACCUCCCCGCGCUCUCAGAUGGUGAUCGUCACCCUCCUCGUCAGCGUGGAAGUGAUCAUCAACAUCUCUUGGCUCGUCUACUACACGCCCUCCACCAAGCACCUCUGCUCGAGGGACACCGACUACCGCAUCCGCAUCUGCAACGGCCUGGACGACUAUUCGUACAUCGUGGGUCUGAUCUAUCCGCUGGUGCUGGUCUGUUUCUGCACGGUUUACGCCAUCAAGACCCGGAAGUGUCCCGGAGGCUUCAACGAGGCUCGAUUCAUCGCCUUCACCAACUACACCACCUGUCUCAUCUGGCUUGUCUUCGUGCCCCUCUACCUGUCCACGGGGGCCUCCGAUGACGUCAGGAUCGUCACGCUGGCCAUGUCCCUGUCGCUCGGAGGCUUCGUACAGCUCGGGUGCCUGUUCUUCCCGAAAGUUCACAUCGUGUUGUUCAAGCCCGAGAAGAACACGAAGGACGCCGUGAUGAGCAUCCAGAGGACCUCCUCGUACAGGGCGGGAUCCAUACGCCAGCAGCCCCAGGACAACAUGCAGCACCACUCGGCUCCUGCGAUCAUCUUUUUGAACAGCAAGCCACCCGUCAAGCCAGAAGGAGGUGGUCUCCAGAUCCCUCAAUUCCACGACCAGAACCUCAACCCAAAGGACGUUCCUGGCUUAGUCAACAAAGGCUUCUUCACCGGUGUGGCGUCGAAGCCCCAAGAACCCACUGUUUUGUAAACUGUCUGGGGGGAUUUUGAGAUUCAGGGAAGUCGUGUGUGUUUCUCUCUAUCUGUCUAUCUAUCCCUGUCUAUCUUCAUAUCUAUCUACUUAUCUUUCUAUCUAUCUGUCUAUCUAUCUAUCUAUCUGUCUAUCUACUUAUCUAUCUAU